UGGCGCUCUGCGCAUAUGUCCAGAGCGUCCCUCUGGGCCAGCCGCGCCUGCUUCCCUACGCAUGGCACCGGCACCUUUGUCCAUGAACCCCACUGGGCUCAGGGCGCGUGGCGAGGACGGCACCGGGUCUGCCCUGCUGCCCUUCAGCGUUGAGUCGCUGCUGGAGGCAGAGCCUGGGCAGGGCCCGGAGCCCGCAGAGCCCGAGGAGGAAAGGCCGCGGGGUGACACGGAGCCUGGAUCCUGGUUUCAUCCCGCUGCCCGCGCGUGUCCCCCACGUGCCCUCAGCCCUUCACCCUGCACCCUCCGAAAACACAAGAACAACCGCAAGCCGCGGACGCCUUUCACCACGGCGCAGCUCCUGGCUCUAGAGCGCAAGUUCCACCAGAAGCAGUACUUGUCUGUCGCUGAGCGUGCGGAGUUCUCCAGCAGCUUGAGCCUCACCGAGACGCAAGUCAAGAUCUGGUUUCAGAACCGCCGAGCCAAGGCCAAGCGGCUGCAGGAGGCCGAGCUGGAGAAGUUGAAGCUGGCAGCCAAGCCGCUGCUGCCCUCUUUCUCCCUGCCCUUCCCUCUGGGUGCCCCGCUGCACGGAGCUGCGGUGAGCGCUCUGCCGCCAGUGCCCCGGCUCCUCGCGGGCCCGGCCGCCGCCUGUGGUUUGUACUACCUGUCUUAGGCCGAGGGUCUGUAGUCGGCUUGGCAGUCUUUCAGGCGGGAGGGCGGCCUUGUCCUGUUAAUCCCUCGCGGCCAGCGCGGUCACAGGCCUGCGCUUCAGCCGGUCUGCAGACCAGUCUUGUGCAUCCCAGC